AUGGAUAUUUAUCGAGCAUAUGAGCUUCACUUCCGGUUGAGCAAGGAAGUAGACGAUCUCGAAAAGGAACUCGAGGCCGAGAAGCAAAAUGCAUCACGAGAGCUGCAGAAAGCGAAAAAUGAGAUCGAGGACAGAAGGCUCGAGGAGAGGUUAAUGCUCCAGAAAAGCCUCGGUACCAUACCUCCGAACCUCGGGCAGUUUAUUGAAGACAAGCGAGACUUUUAUCUGCGUCAAGCUACUCAAAACUACGAGGCAAGGUUGGAAAACGACCGGAAAAGGUUUGUCGAAAAGGUUUCCGCCGUGAACGAGAAAUGGAGAACGCUACCUUUCGACAUAGAAGAUACUUCAACUCCAUUUACGGAGCUGCCAUUAUCGAGACUGUCGCUACCUCUAGGCACGAAGGCACCUGAGCUGUCGAAUGGUACAAGGACACCUGGAAUGCCCAUGCCCAUGCCUUCUUCUACGCAAAAACCUCUGCCUCCCACGCAGCUUGCGCCUAGAGCUCACCCAGCGGCUGGUUUUCCUGUCUUUAACCCGUCAAAUCUGUUACCUAAGCCACCGACGGCAGUCCCUGCAGCAUCGGUGCAGAAGACUGUGCCCGCUUCAUCUACUUCCAAGCGUCCCAUCACAGAGACUCAGUCUCCUAACGAGAUGAUUGCAAACGAGCAACAACCGGCAAAGCGUCCAUCCACGAAACGAUCCAUCACUUUCACUGAGGUGUACCAAGACGGCAAUGCCAAGUUCAAGCACAUCAUAGUCGAGUACCCUCCUGAGAGCGGAGAGUUUUACAUUCUCAAGUGUGAUGACCAUGGCGUUCACUUUGGAGCCAAUCCUCUCGCGGGAGCUGCUAAACACCUGGCAAGUAGGAUGCAUGACCACCAGUCCAAGAACUAUAGCGUUGCUAUUGAUACUCUGGGCUUUCGCGUCAUUGGGUGCAAUGCAGAAUUGGCACGGAUGAACAACACAGCGGUCGAAGAAGCUGCCGUAAACGGAUACAGGCCGGUCAACUUGCUUCAACUGAGCGUGGGAAAACGGGCGCGAUAUGUGGAGGCGAAUCCCGAGUUUGCUAAUUCCUUUCCCACUCCCAUUCCUCCUCUAGCCUCACCAGCAGCUGAGGCACUGGUUCCCGCGAUGGCACCGCCUUCGUUGCAAGAGACCGCUAGUCCGGCGAUGGCACCGCCUUCGUUGCGAGAGACCGCUAGUCCGGCGAUGGCACCGCCUCCGUUGCGAGAUCCCUCUACCCCUAGUCCGGCGAAAGACCGACGGAAGAGCUUGCACGUGCGGACACCGUCGGAUCGCAGCACACGUUCAGCUGUCUUAAUUCCCGAUCCCAAACCAGCUAGCCUCUACAAAGGGUUUUGGGUUCAAGACAAACGGCAUUAUCCUGUCAUGGUCUUGCCGGUAAAAGAGGCAGACUUGAGUUCAGUCGGACUCCAAAAGACACUAGAGGAUAUCAAGCUCUUGCAGAACGUGCCUCUUUGCUAUAAACUUGGUAAAAUAGCAGGAGGAAAGAUCAAGUUCGAAGGGUGGGCCCCGGGGUACGAGGAUGGCGGGCCUUUGGUCAAGCUUAGGCAGGUGCCGGUCAUGUAUUUUGACCGAGACAUGUCGUUCGGCUGGCUCUCUAUUAAGGAUAUUUCAGCAUUUGACUUUGAUGACCCGGACUGGCGUCAAAUACCCUACUUUCAAAAGGCUGUUGAGCACUGGGAAAGUCUGAACAAGGUGGGCGCGGACGGUGCACAAGAACCUCGCUUGGAACCUAUCCCGGCAACUCUCCCAGAACCCGCACGGAAUCCAGCCGCCCCGGCAGCAGCAGCGGCACCAACAGCCUCAAUGGCACCAACAGCCUCAAUGGCAUCAACAGCAUCAACAGGGCCAACAGCAGCUUCGUCUGGACCUCAAUCUGUCCCGGCGGCAGUCCCACAACCCACACAGAAGCCAGCAAUUCCAGCAGCAGCAGUGGCACCAAAACCAGCACCGCCUCGACCUCAACCUGUUUCGGCGGCUGUCUCCAAACCCCCGGCAGCAGUAGUAGCACCACCCAGAGCAGCUCCGUCUCGACCUCAACCUGCCUCGGUGGCUGUCUCUAAACCCCCCACGGUGGUAGUAGCACCACCUACAGCAGCUCCGUCUCAACCCCAAACUGCCGCAGCGACUGUGACAAAGCCCACGCGGACUCCAGCUGCUCCGACAGCAGUAAUGCCACCAACAUUAGCUUCGUCGCGACCUCAGCCAGUGUCAGCGGCUGUCCCUAAAUCUCCGGCAGCAGCAGUAACACCACCAACUGCCGCGGCGACUCCUACAAUGUCAAAGCCCGUUGCUCCUAGCACUGUGAGUGUACCAAUUCAGUCGGGUCCGAACGGCAUUCCCCCGGCCGUGGUACGGUUGGCGGAGAUCGCUAAGACCGAUCCUCAGCUUAGAGCUCUGAUAGAGAGAGUGAGUUCGAAGCAGGGCACUAAGGAGGAGAAUGAACGGUUAGAGAGCAUCGUUGACCGCAUUGCUUUGGAGCUUAGUAGCUCUGGUGAAGCGGUAGCAGCUACAGUUCAGCUUUUACAACCCAAUUCGGUCACUUCAGACCCCAAGAAUGCGACGGCGCGGGCCGCAGCUUUUGGAGCACCAGCCAGCCGGCCGCCUUCACUAGCAGCUCCGAGCCUAAAGGAGGGCAAGAAGGGUCAUGGCACAGGUCUUAAAUCACCGGAGUCAUCUAAGCCGCCAACACCGCAGUUGAGCAAGGCAGCAAUCCCGGCGGCGGCGGCCCCGUCUCCCUUGGUCACAGCAGGCCCGACGCCAGACUCUAGCAAGGCUAGCUCGCGUACUACCUCUCCGACUGAGGCUCCUACCUCUACCCCGAUCAACAACCCGCCAGCCAAGCCGGCAACCUUUGUCAAACCCGAGAAUGGGGUCACCACGACGCCGCCGACAACGAAGACGACGCAGCCUCAGAACGAGAAGUUUGAAGUGUCCAUCGAGAAGGGCAGCUGGAACGUGGAGACUAAGUGCCCCAUGGAGGACAACCUUUCAGUCCGGUUGAUAGCGUGCAACCAAACCAAGAUUGCUUCCACAGCGCCUGGUAUGGCAUAUAAGUAUUGCCCAUACAAGUUCGAGAUCGACCCCAACAACUUUGCCAGCGUCGUGGUCGAGAAUUGCCCAUCAAACCCAAACGCGAAGACGAUCGUAACGAUGAUCCUCAAGAAGGAGCGAGAGGGCAGCGGAGACAGGACGGUGGUCCUGACGUUCGAUCGGUUCGUGAAUCCGGACACCAAGGCGGUGGAGAGCGGGCGCGUGCAGGCCAGACGGUUCUGUCGGUGGUUGAGGGGGGUUAAUACGAGCAUUGCGUACUCUAACAAGAGGUUGGUGGUGUGA